GACACUAUGGCUACUUUUGACCCUGCGCAUCCCAGAUUCCAAGGCUUCGAUUUGAUUCAAGCUACCUACAAACACGUUGGCGACCAUGCCGUCCGCGUCGACGUCCUGGUACCCCAGACACUGGAGACUGGUAAACGGCCGACGAUAGUCCGGUUCCAUGGCGGGGGCUUGGUCAUGGCGGACUCCAUCUUCGCCGAUUUCUGGCCGCAAUGGCUCUCUGACCUCGCGCUUCGCCACAGCGCGAUCGUCGUCUCCCCAAACUACCGCUUGAUGCCGCAGGCAACGGGUCUGGAUAUCUAUGACGAUAUUGAAGACUUUUGGACGUGGCUGCGGUCGCCCGAUUUUCAAGAACUGCUCGCGAAACAUAAGAUACCCACUCAGCUCGAUCUUGACCGGAUCCUGGUGACUGGAGAAUCUGCCGGCGGCUUGCUGAGUAUUAAUGCGUCACUUACCCAUGCGUCUGAGGUUCGAGCGGCCAUUGCCACGUACCCGUCGCUCGACCCGAGUUCGCCAGAUUUCACCCAGCCCCGGACAGACCUCCUCCCGUUUGGCCAGAGUUUGCCGGAAUCGCUGAUUGAGGAUGUCCUAGGUCCUGUUCGUGAUGGAAAUCCGGUUUCCUCGCUCGUCGGGCAGGAGUACCUCCCCGUCAUGUGUGCAGCGAUUCAGUAUGGUCGGCUCGGUGGCUGGUACGCGCGAGAGUCGCAGGAGUCGGCGAGGCAGAAACUGCUGUACCCUGUGCGCCGGCUGGAGGAGCCUGAUGUGCAGGUUCCUGUGGGCGGGAUCACGAUUAUCCAAGGGAAGCAGGAUAGCGUUGUGCCCGCAAGUCAUUCGGUACCGUUCGUCGAGAGAGCAAGGGAAGUGCUGCAGGGCAAGCCUGGGGCCGAGAGGAUCUCGCUGGUGUUGCGGGACGGCGAGCAUGGGUUCGAUGCUGAGGUUAGGUAUGAGGAGCAAUGGAUGAAAGAGGCGCUUCAGACCGCGGUCGGAGCCUGGUUGGCUUAG